AUGUUUGAAGAAUGGGAUGGAGAACGGUCACAAAAGUUUAAAGGAGGAAUAAAAGCACUUCAACCUAGCUACCAGACAGAUUUCAGCUUGUGGGGGAAAGGAAUAAUGGGAGAAACUUCUACUGGGAUCGAGCUGCUGAAAAGUAAGAGACACUUUCCUCCAAGGUAUGGGAAAGUGCUUCCUGAUUGGAAACCUUGCUUCAAGCUCGUCCCACCUCCUCAGAGAGAGGCAAAUAUAAAAAAAUUAACAGACCUACCUUGUACAGUUCACCCUAGAAAAGGAAUGAAAUUUUUUACAAAAAAUCGGAGGACUGCGACUGCUCCUGUGAUUACAUAUAAAAGCAAAACGCAUUGAUACGAAACUGUUGAUAAGUUGAAGCACGAAGAAGAAAAUGAAGUGAGAAACCUGGAAGGAUGGGAAAAUACAGUAUUAAAGAAAGCGUUAGAGCCUCCUAAGCCUCUCAAUUCAAGGAUGUCAAGCAUCAGACAAUCUUUGAGGAACUCAUUUUAUUCAAGCAAAGAUGGAUCUCAAAAGCAUACUAGCUUAAUCAGUUCUUCUGGGAACGCAUAA